AUGAGAUGGACUUCUGAUGAUGCGACAUGCAGGAUAAAGACACAAAGUUGCAAGAGGAGAGAGGGCAGUAGGACAUUCGCAACUUCGCAAUGUCUCCCGGCCAGGAAGGUUUCGCAACCAGUCCUCGAGACUUCGCUUUCUGUUCGACAGGCUACGGCUCUUUCAGUUAGAGACGUCGACCCUCAGGGUCACCGCAGUUUCUCUACAACACCUUCGAACAAUGGGUGGAACAUUUUCAAUUCAGCAAAGAUGCGAAAACUGGCCCAACUGCAAGCACCGCAGCCGCCACCGGAUGAAACUUCGUCAGGUUCAACAGGGUUCGGAAGCAGUCUGGGACGUAUAAUGCGACCCACGAACGAGCUCAAGAUGCGGUGUACGGAACUUGACGAGCACGGCAACGUUACACUUGUCAGUGGAGAGUUCAAGAAGAGCGAGUUGAUCGCUAAGUACGGUCUACUUCCUCGCGAUCUCCGCAAAAUCGAUUCCUCGCUCCUCCCACAUAUUCUCGUCCGGCCUUCUGCGAUCCUGAUAAACCUCCUCAACCUUCGUGUCCUUCUGAAGCACAACCGCGUACUUGUCUUUGACGCCUACGGCACCACUGACUCAAAGUCGCAGUCUGUCUUCAUGUACGAUCUAGAUCUCAAACUCCGCCAGAAAGAGUCCACUGUCAACGGCACCCUCGCCUACGAAUUUCGAGCACUCGAAGCUGUCCUUAUAAGCGUAACAUUGAGUCUGGAGAAGGAGUUUGAAGGUGUCAGUGAGCCAGUGGUGAGAGUUCUCAGGGAGCUCGAGGAAGACAUAGACAGGGACAAGCUACGGUACCUGCUCAUCUACAGUAAGAAGCUGGGUAGUUUCGAACAAAAGGCACGAUUGGUCAGGAACGCGCUGGAAGAAUUGCUGGAAGCAGAUGAUGAUCUCAGCGCCAUGUACCUGACUGAGAAGGCCGAGGGCAAGACGCGCGAAGACGACGAUCAUACAGAAGUUGAGAUGCUCCUGGAGUCUUACCACAAGGUCGCCGACGAAAUCGUACAAGCAGCCGAGAACUUGGUGUCGAGCAUCAGGAACACUGAGGAGAUUGUCAAAGCCAUUCUCGACGCUAACCGCAACUCCCUCAUGCUUCUCGAUCUCAAAUUCUCCAUUCUCACCCUCGCGAUCACAGCCGGAACCUUCGUCGCUGCUCUCUACGGUAUGAACUUGAAGAACUUCAUCGAAGAGUCCGAUCUUGGUUUCUUCGGCAUAAGCGCCUGGUGUUCAGUCUUCGGCUUCUUUGUCGCUGUAUACGGACUGUCAAGGCUUCGAAAGGUACAAAGAGUCAGCAUGUAUGGUCACGGACCUGGUGCGCUCGUUAGCAGAGAGCCGACCAGGCCAACAGUAACCCCAGGCGGAGGAUGGGGUCUUGGUGCAUGGGGUGGUGGCAGUAGAAACGGGGUCAGUCGAGGGGAUAUGGGCAGUACGAUGCCUACCGGAGCGCCUGAUCUGGGAGGUAUAACGAAGAGAGGCGAUACGCUAGCCAGCGUUAUGGAAAGAGAGAGGGCGUUGGCAAGGAAGUUGGCAAAGGUCGAGCAGAGGGCUGACGAUGCUACGAGACGUUGA